CAAGCAGUGGUGGAAGCAUUAACCUGCUGGCAGGCAUCAUACAAGUGGCCUGCAAGGGCACGUCUUGAGAAGCAGCAAGACUUGUUUGAAGGCCGUUGCAAGGAGUAAGGAGGAUCUGGGCUGCUUUAAUGAUUGUGGGGAAAAAAAAAUUUUUUUAAGUCGGGUAAAAUGAGAUUAAAAAGGAAGACUCAACAGGACUUGGUAACAAACCCAAGUGGAGCAGAAUCAAAGAGUGAUAGGGUCCAAUCCUAGACAAUGAAGGAGGGCUUGAAGCAGAUGAACUUAAAGCAAAAGGCACCCACCUGGGGGAGGAAGACAUUGUUUGAGUUGUUAGCAGAACAUUCACGUGAAGACGGUCCAUCAGGCUUUUGGAACCAGAGCAGCUGAAACCGGAAAGGAGGGCUCAGGAGAGAAAUGCAGGACAGAUGAGGAUAAAGGCGAAAUCUCUGCCUUUGAACAUGUUCUCCAAGGAAAAGAGUAAAGUGGGAAAAGAGCAGAGAACAGAGGUUUUAUCUUUGUGGAAAGCCUAUAUCCAGGGUGGUGAGGAGGAGGAGGAGGCCCCAAAAGAUGGGGAGAUAUGCAGCUGGAGAACAGCCCCUUUAUGCCCAAGAGGUAAGCAGUUACAGAGGAAAGCCAGGGAUAAUGACCUCUGGUAAAGCCCACAGAAGCUGGCUGGGAGUUUCCUUUUCAAGUAGAUGGACAGAGAUCAGAUUGCAUGGUAAUAUGGACACAGCACAGGGGGGAAUUCAAGAUCAUGUCUUAAAAUAACUCAGUAUUUUAAAAAAACAAGCAAACAACAACAACAACAAAAACCCCCUAGGUCUGAGGGCGUUGCAUCUGGGAAUAUGGGAAUAGGGAAGAUAAAGCAGCAGGGAUAGCAGCCUCUGAGAUGCUAGAGUCCUAGCCGGCCUUGCCAUGGUGUGGCCUUUACUCUGAAACCUGCUUCUUAGCUACAUUUAUGCAAAGUUCUGAGUCUUACCAGAAUAGAAAGUGAAAGCAAAAAUAAAUUCCCCUCCGUUCAAAUCUGCAACCACAUGGAUUAAGGUUAAAUCUAUUUAUUGAAACAUAUUGUUUAGAGCCUGUGUAACAUAACUGGAGCCAACACGGUGCUGUGGAGAACCAGAGGAUUUAGCCUGGUUAUUAACUUGUCUUCUAGAGAAUAGAUUUAGUGUCCCACUUUUCUGCAAUGGUUAAUACACAUCGAAAAUUAAUAUUGAAUAUUUACUGCUCAGCAAUCAUCCUGCCCCAAAUAUGUAUUUGUUCUCAGUUCACAAGCUCAUCUAAUGAUCAGUACAAUGAGAACCCUGGGGUUUUUCCAGUAGCCACCAAUGGGGAACAAUUUCCCUGGCGUGAGCUAAGGCUCCCCACCAAGGUCAUUCCCCUCCACUAUGACCUUUUUGUUCACCCAAAUCUUACCUCCCUGGACUUCGUUGCAUCUGAGAAGAUUGAAGUCUUUGUCCAAGAUACCACCCAAUUUAUCAUCUUGCACAGCCAUGGUCUUGAAAUCAUGAAUGCCACUCUUCAGUCAGAGGAAGAUCUGAGAUACAAGAAAUCAGGGGAAAAGCUAACUGUUUUGAGUUACCCUGCUCAUCAGCAAAUUGCACUACUGGUUCCAGAGAAACUUAUGGCUGACCUGAGAUACUCUGUGGCUAUUGACUUCCAGGCCAAACUAGCUGAUGGUUUUAAAGGGUUUUAUAAAAGCACAUACAGAACUCUUGGUGGUGAAACAAGAACAAUAGCAGUAACGGAUUUUGAGCCAACCCACGCACGAAUGGCUUUCCCUUGUUUUGAUGAGCCAUUGUUCAAAGCCAACUUUUCAAUCAAGAUAAGAAGAGAGAGCAGACACAUUGCCCUAUCCAACAUGCCAAAGGUUAGGACAAUUGAACAUGAAGGAGGUCUCUUGGAAGAUCAUUUUGAAACUACUGUAAAAAUGAGUACGUACCUUGUAGCCUACAUAGUUUGUGAUUUUGCCUCUGUGAGUGGCACAGCCUCGUCAGGGGUCAAGGUAUCCAUCUAUGCAUCCCCAGACAAAUGGAGUCAAACACAUUAUGCUCUGGAAGCAUCAUUGAAGCUGCUUGAUUUUUAUGAAAAUUACUUUAACAUCCACUAUCCACUCCCCAAACUGGAUCUAGUUGCCAUUCCUGACUUUGAAAGUGGAGCCAUGGAAAACUGGGGCCUUGUCACAUAUAGAGAGACGUCACUGCUCUUUGAUCCCAAGACCUCUUCCACUUCUGAUAAACUGUGGGUCACCAAAGUCAUAGCCCACGAACUGGCACACCAGUGGUUUGGCAACCUGGUUACAAUGGAGUGGUGGAAUGACAUUUGGCUCAAUGAGGGUUUUGCAACAUACAUGGAACUGAUCUCUGUUAAUGUCACAUAUCCAGAGCUACAGUUUGAUAACAUUUUUUUGAACAAUUGCUUUGAAGUAAUUAAGAGUGAUUCAUUAAAUUCAUCCCGUCCAGUCUCCAAGCAAGCAGAAACUCCUACUCAAAUCCAGGAGAUGUUCGAUGCCAUUUCCUAUGAAAAGGGAGCUUGUCUUUUGAAUAUGCUCAAGGAUUUUCUGAGUGAGGAGAAGUUCAAGAAAGGGAUUAUUCACUACUUAAAGAAGUUCAGCUAUAGAAAUGCCAAGAAUGAUGAUUUGUGGAGCAGUCUGUCAAAUAGUUGUUUAGAAAGUGAUUUUACAUCUGGUGGAUUCUGCUAUUCCGAUUCCAAGACGACAAGCAACACACUCGCCUUUCUGGAGGAAAAUGUGGAGGUCAAAGAUAUAAUGACCACAUGGACUCUUCAGAAAGGAAUACCCCUUGUGGUGGUUGAACAAGAAGGUCGUUUGCUUAAACUGCGGCAGGAGCGCUUCCUGAAUGGGGUUUUCAGAGAUGACCCUGAAUGGGGGGCCCUGCAGGAGAGGUACCUUUGGCAUAUCCCAGUGACCUACUCCACAAGCUCCUCUAAUGCUAUUCACAGAUACCUUCUGACAUCAAAGACAGAUACUCUGUAUUUACCUGAAAAGACCAGUUGGGUGAAACUCAAUGUGGACUCAAAUGGCUACUACAUUGUCCACUAUGAGGCGCAUGGAUGGGACCAGCUCAUCGCUGUGCUGAAUCAGAACCACACACUUCUCAGACCUAAGGACAGAAUAGGUCUGAUUCACGAUGCAUUUCAGCUAGUAAGUGCAGGAAGGUUGACCCUAGACAAAGCCCUUGACCUGACUCACUAUCUCCAGCAUGAAACAAGCAUCCCUGCCCUUCUCCAGGGUUUGGAUUACCUGGAAUCUUUUUACCACACCAUGGACAGAAGGAAUAUUUCAGACAUCACUGAAAAUCUUAAGCGUUACCUUCUCCAGUAUUUUAAGCCAGUGAUUGACAUGCAAAGCUGGAGCGACGAGGGCUCGGUCUGGGACAGAAGGCUUCGCUCAUCUCUCUUGAAGCUAGCCUGUUACCUGAACUAUGCCCCUUGCAUCCGGAAGGCAACCGAACUCUUCUCUCAAUGGAUGGAAUCCAGUGGAAAAUUAAAUAUCCCAACUGAUGUUUUAAAGAUUGUGUAUUCUGUGGGUGCUCAAACAACAGAAGGAUGGAAUUACCUUUUAGAACAAUAUGGACUCUCAUUGUCAGGUGCUGAAAAAAACAAAAUUCUCUAUGCAUUGUCAACCAGCAAACAUCAGGAGAAGUUGAUAAAAUUAAUUGAUCUAGGAAUGGAAGGAAAGGUUAUCAAGACACAGGACUUGGCAUCUCUUCUUUACGUGAUUGCCAGAAAUCCAAAGGGGCAGCAAUUAGCCUGGAAUUUUGUAAAAGAAAAUUGGACCCAUCUCCUUGAAAGAUUUGAGUUGAGCUCAUUUCCCAUGAGAAAAAUCAUCUCUGGUACAACAUCUCACUUUUCUUCCAAGGAUGAGUUGCAAGAGGUGAAACUGUUCUUUGAAUCUCUUCAGACUCAAGGAUCAUAUUUGGAAAUUUUUCAGAUUGUUUUGGAAACCAUUUCCAAAAAUAUUAAGUGGCUAGAGAAGAAUCUUCCCACCCUGAGAAAUUGGCUACUGAUUAGUAUUUAAAUGGUCAAUAGAAACAACACAUCAGAUGCAAACAGUCUGCGUGAAGUGAGCAAAGCUCAAGUCAGACUUCCAGAUAGUGUAACCAGUAAGAAGCCUCAAGAAAUCAGCCAGCACAGCUACCAUCGCUGGCUGACAGAUGUUUGAUGCUGGGGUGGAGGACGGCCAGUUCAGUAGCCUAUUUUAAAGUAAACUUCCUGAACAACGGAGAUGUGUGGAGGUGUAGACAGAUGUAGCUGUAAUAGUUUAGUCCCAACACAGACUGUCUGCAUUGCCAUUAUGCAACUACUAUUUUGCUUUUCUGAUGCUUUUUAAACCUUGCAUAGUAUACUGGAAUUAGCCCAUCCAAUCCAUAUAAAAAUCUUUCUUGUGCCUCUUUUCAUCUCCUUAUGCUCUCACUCCCUCAGCUCACCCUGCAUAGUUUAUUUAAUUUUUACCAUUCAUAGAAAAUCUGAAUCAAAUUUAGAAGCAUAAGAUUCAGGAAAACUGAGGCUUUAUCACCAACUCUCAGAUUACUAGAAACUAGGUGUCAAAGUUUAUCAAGGACACCAAGAGGUCCUCUUGGCUUGAGCCUCACAUCCAAAAACAGCCUCAAAAAUAGCCUUUUGAAACUAAAACUAGAAUCAUCAUAUGACGCAGCAAUUCUAUUCCUGGGCAUCUAUCCAGAAAAGACCAUGACGCGAAAAGAUUUAUGUAUCCCAGUGUUCGUUGCAGCACUAUAUGCAAUAGCCAAGACCUGGAAGCAACCCAGAUGUCCAUCAACAGAGGAGUGGAUAAAGACAUGAUACAUAUACACAGUGGAAUAUUACUGAGCCAUAAAAAUGAAUGAAAUAAUGGUGUUUGCAGCAACAUGCAUGGACCUAGAAAUUAUCAUGCUAAGUGUAGUCAGGCAGUGAGACACAAACAACAUAUGCUAUCUCUUAUAUGUGGAAUCUAAUAAAAGGAUAUGAUGAACUUA